AUGGCUGCUUCAUCAAUCGACACUUUCCGACUCUACUUUCGCACUGAACUUCAAAACCCCAAAAUUCUGAAGCAUACUGCACACACUUCCCUAAAACCACCGUCAAUCACCCCAGCCCAUAUUCAUAAAUCCCUCUCUCUCCAGCCAAAAACCCAAACCAUUACCAAAAUCUCCAUUUCCCCAGAACCUUCGUUUUUAUCAAGACCCAAUUCAAGUAAUUCUUUCUCAAACUGUUCCUUACUAACCCACGAAAAAAUUUCCAAGUUCUUCGCAGAAAAGGUUGUAGUUGUGCUUGUUGGGUCAUUUAUAUUCAUGGGCUGCCUCACUGCUAAGCCUAGGCCUGUUGUGGCACUACCUGGUCAAGAAAGUAGUUAUGGUGGAAGUAUGGAACAUAAGAGAGAGACCCAGGACGGAAAAAGUGAGGAUGAAAAGAUAUAUGUGAAUUUAUUGGAGGAGAACCCCAGAAAUGUUGAAGCUUUGAAGGUGGUGGUUAAUGAGAAGAUGAGGAGAGGGAAGACUAAGGAGGCUGUGGAGUAUGUGGAGAGGUUAAUUGAUGUUGAACCGAAAGAAGUUGAAUGGCGCCUUUUGCAGGCUCUUUGUUAUGAGAUGAUGGGGCAAUUGAGUAAGGCUAAGAGGUUGUUUAAGGAAAUACUGAAGCAGAGGCCUCUCUUGCUCAGAGCUUUGCAUGUAUGGUUCUUAAUCCUUUACUAUUCUGCAGAAUUUUAG